CCACCGCCCGUGCGGGCGCUGCCCCUGCUGUUGCUGCUAGCAGGGCCGGGGGCUGCAGCUCCCCCUUGCCUGGAUGGAAGUCCAUGUGCAAAUGGAGGUCGGUGCACCCAGCAGCCCUCCCGGGAGGCUGCCUGCCUGAGUCACUUGAAGGAAGGCUGAGACACCGGGCCGGGCGCCUGCGCAGUGGAACUACAUGCCUGGACUACUGCCGACAGGUGAAUACGCCCGAGGCCGCCCCGCCCCUCGACAGGUGCCUGCCAGGCUGGGUGGGUGAACGGUGCCAGCUGGAAGAUCCUUGCCACUCAGGCCCCUGUGCUGGGCGUGGCUUCUGCCAGAGUUCGGUGGUGUCGGGUACUGCCCGGUUCUCCUGUCGUUGUCCCCGUGGCUUCCGAGGCCCAGACUGCUCCCUGCCAGACCCCUGCCUCAGCAGCCCUUGUGCUCAUGGUGCCCGCUGCUCAGUGGGGUCGGACGGCCGCUUCGUCUGUUCCUGUCCGCCUGGCUACCAGGGUCGCAGCUGCCGGAGUGACAUAGAUGAGUGCCGAGCGGGUGGGACCUGCCGCCAUGGUGGUACCUGCCUCAACACUCCUGGCUCCUUCCGCUGCCAGUGUCCACUUGGCUACACAGGGCUGCUGUGUGAGAACCCUACAGUGCCCUGUGCCUCUUCCCCAUGUCGUAAUGGUGGCACCUGUAGGCAGAGUAGUGAUACCACCUAUGACUGUGCUUGCCUUCCUGGCUUCGAGGGUCAGAAUUGUGAAGUCAAUGUGGAUGACUGUCCUGGACAUCGGUGUCUCAAUGGGGGAACAUGUGUGGAUGGUGUCAACACUUACAACUGCCAGUGCCCUCCAGAGUGGACAGGCCAGUUCUGCACAGAGGAUGUGGAUGAGUGUCAGCUGCAGCCCAAUGCCUGCCACAAUGGGGGCACCUGCUUCAACCUGCUGGGUGGCCACAGCUGUGUGUGUGUCAAUGGCUGGACGGGCGAGAGCUGUAGUCAGAACAUCGAUGACUGUGCCACAGCCGUGUGCUUCCACGGGGCCACCUGCCAUGACCGUGUGGCCUCUUUCUACUGUGCCUGUCCCAUGGGCAAGACAGGCCUCUUGUGUCAUCUGGAUGAUGCCUGUGUCAGCAAUCCCUGCCAUGAGGAUGCCAUCUGUGACACAAACCCUGUGAGCGGUCGGGCCAUCUGCACCUGUCCACCCGGCUUCACCGGAGGGGCGUGUGACCAGGAUGUGGAUGAGUGCUCCAUUGGUGCCAACCCCUGUGAACAUUUGGGUCGGUGUGUGAACACGCAGGGCUCAUUCCUGUGUCAAUGUGGCCGUGGCUACACUGGACCGCGAUGUGAGACGGAUGUCAAUGAGUGUCUGUCUGGGCCCUGCCGCAACCAGGCCACAUGUCUUGAUCGAAUUGGCCAGUUUACCUGCAUCUGCAUGGCAGGCUUCACAGGGACCUAUUGUGAGGUGGACAUCGAUGAAUGUCAGAGCAGCCCGUGUGUCAAUGGUGGUGUCUGCAAGGACCGAGUCAAUGGCUUCAGCUGCACCUGCCCAUCAGGGUUCAGUGGGUCCAUGUGUCAGCUGGACGUGGACGAAUGUGCAAGCACUCCCUGCCGGAAUGGUGCCAAGUGUGUGGACCAGCCCGAUGGCUAUGAGUGUCGCUGUGCAGAGGGCUUUGAGGGCACGCUCUGUGAGCGGAAUGUGGACGACUGCUCUCCGGACCCCUGCCACCAUGGGCGCUGUGUCGAUGGCAUUGCUAGCUUCUCAUGUGCCUGUGCCCCGGGCUACACGGGCACACGCUGCGAGAGCCAGGUGGAUGAGUGCCGCAGUCAGCCCUGCCGCUACGGGGGCAAAUGUCUAGACUUGGUGGACAAGUACCUCUGCCGCUGUCCUCCCGGAACCACAGGUGUGAACUGCGAAGUCAACAUUGAUGACUGCGCCAGCAACCCCUGUACCUUUGGCGUCUGCCAUGACGGCAUCAACCGCUAUGACUGCAUCUGUCAGCCUGGCUUCACAGGGCCCCUCUGCAAUGUGGAGAUCAACGAGUGUGCGUCCAGCCCGUGUGGAGAGGGUGGCUCCUGUGUGGAUGGGGAAAAUGGCUUCCGUUGCCUCUGUCCACCUGGCUCCCUGCCUCCUCUCUGCCUGCCUGCAAAUCAUCCUUGUGCCCACAAGCCCUGCAGCCAUGGAGUCUGCCAUGAUGCCUCUGGCGGGUUCCGCUGUGUGUGUGAGCCCGGUUGGAGUGGCCCCCGCUGCAGCCAGAGCCUGGCUCCAGAUGCCUGUGAGUCCCAGCCCUGCCAGGCUGGUGGUACCUGCACCAGUGAUGGACUAGGCUUCCACUGCACCUGUCCCCCUGGAUUCCAGGGCCGUCAGUGUGAGGUGCUGUCCCCCUGCACUCCAAGCCUCUGUGAGCAUGGAGGCCACUGUGAGUCUGACCCUGGCCAGCCGACUGUCUGUUCCUGUCCCCCUGGCUGGCAAGGCUCACGAUGCCAGCAGGAUGUGGAUGAGUGUGCCAGUGCCUCACCCUGUGGCCCCCAUGGUACCUGCACCAACCUUCCUGGGAGCUUCAGGUGCAUCUGCCAUGGGGGAUACACUGGCCCUUUCUGUGAUCAGGACAUUGACGACUGUGCCCCCAACCCGUGCCUCAAUGGCGGUUCCUGCCAGGAUGCUGUGGGCUCCUUUUCCUGUUCCUGUCUCACUGGUUUUGCUGGCCCUACCUGUGCUCUGGAUGUGGAUGAGUGUCUGAGCAGCCCCUGUGGCCCUGGCACCUGUACUGACCACGUGGCCUCCUUCACCUGUACCUGUCCACCUGGCUACGGAGGCUUCCACUGUGAGAAUGACCUGCCGGACUGCAGCCCCAGUUCCUGCUUCAAUGGAGGGACCUGUGUGGACGGCGUGAACGCCUUCAGCUGUCUCUGUCGCCUGGGCUACACAGGCACCCACUGCCAAUAUGAGGCUGACCCCUGCCUCUCCCGGCCCUGUCUGCAUGGGGGCAUCUGCAACCCCACUCACCCAGGGUUUCAAUGCACCUGCAGGGAGGGUUUCACUGGGAGUCACUGUCAGAAUCUGGUGGACUGGUGCAGCCAGUCACCCUGCCAGAAUGGGGGUCGCUGUGUCCAGACUGGGGCCUACUGCAUUUGUCCCCCUGGAUGGAGUGGCCGCCUGUGUGACAUACAAAGUCUACCCUGCAAGGAGGCUGCAGCCCAGAUGGGGGUGCUGUUGGAGCAGCUGUGUCAGGCAGGUGGACAGUGUGUAGACAAGGACCACACACACUACUGUGUGUGUCCAGAGGGCCGCACCGGUAGUCACUGUGAACAGGAAGUGGACGCCUGCACAGCCCAGCCCUGCCACCACGGGGGCACCUGCCGUGGUUACAUGGGGGGCUAUGUGUGUGAGUGUCCUGCUGGCUAUUCUGGCGACAGUUGUGAGGACGACGUGGAUGAGUGUGCCUCCCAGCCCUGCCAGCAUGGAGGCUCCUGUAUUGACCUUGUGGCCCGAUAUCUCUGUUCCUGUCCCCCUGGCACACUCGGAGCACUCUGUGAGAUCAAUGAGGAUGAUUGUGGCCCAGGCCCAUCCUUGGACUCGGGCCUCCGGUGCCUACACAAUGGUACCUGUGUGGACUUGGUGGGUGGCUUCCGCUGUAGCUGUCCCCCAGGAUACACGGGUCUGCACUGUGAGGCAGACAUCAAUGAGUGUCGCCCAGGUGCCUGCCAUGCAGCACACACCCGGGACUGCCUACAAGAUCCAGGUGGGCACUUCCGCUGCCUCUGCCAUCCUGGCUUCACAGGGCCUCGAUGUCAGACUGCCCUGUCCCCUUGUGAGUCCCAGCCAUGUCAGCAUGGAGGCCAGUGCCGUCCCAGCUCAGGCCCCGGAGGUGGGCUGACCUUCACCUGUCACUGUGUCCAGCCGUUCUGGGGUCUGCGUUGUGAGAGGGUGGCACGCUCCUGCCGAGAGCUGAAGUGCCCGGUGGGUAUCCCAUGCCAGCAGACCGCUCGUGGGCCGCGCUGUGCUUGUCCCCCCGGGCUGUCCGGGCCCUCCUGCCGGCUCUCUAGGGCGUCACCCUCAGGAGCUGCUAACAACAGCUGCGCAGCGGCCCCCUGCCUGCAUGGGGGCUCAUGCCUGCCUGUGCAGAUCGUCCCUUUCUUCCGCUGUGUAUGCGCGCCGGGCUGGGCUGGCCCGCGUUGCGAGACCCCUACCACAGCCCCCGAGGUGCCCGAGGAGCCACGGUGCCCCAGAGCCGCCUGUCAGGCCAAGCGAGGAGACCAGAACUGCAAUCGCGAAUGCAACAACCCGGGCUGUGGCUGGGAUGGCGGCGACUGCUCGCUGAACGUGGACGACCCCUGGCGGCAGUGUGAGGCACUGCAGUGCUGGCGUCUCUUCAACAACAGCCGGUGUGACCCAGCCUGCAGCUCUCCAGCCUGCCUCUAUGACAACUUUGACUGCUACGCUGGUGGCCGUGAACGCACCUGCAACCCGGUGUAUGAGAAGUACUGCGCCGACCACUUUGCAGAUGGCCGCUGUGACCAGGGCUGCAACACUGAGGAGUGUGGCUGGGAUGGGCUGGACUGUGCCAGCGAGGUCCCAGCCCUUCUGGCCCGAGGGGUUCUGGUCCUCACGGUUCUUCUGCCCCCUGAAGAGCUGCUGCGUUCCAGCGCCGAUUUCCUGCAGCGACUCAGUGCUAUUCUGCGCACCUCGCUGCGCUUCCGCCUGGAUGCGCGGGGCCAGGCCAUGGUCUUCCCUUACCACCGGCCGAGCCCUGGCUCUGAAUCCCGGGUCCGGCGUGAGCUGGGUCCCGAGGUGAUCGGCUCUGUAGUGAUGCUGGAGAUUGACAAUCGGCUCUGCCUGCAGUCAUCAGAGAACGACCACUGCUUCCCUGAUGCCCAGAGCGCUGCCGACUACCUGGGAGCCUUGUCAGCAGUAGAGCGACUUGAUUUCCCCUACCCACUGCGGGAUGUGCGAGGGGAACCGCUGGAGCCUCCGGAGCAGAGUGUGCCCCUGCUGCCGCUGCUGGUGGCAGGUGCCAUCUUUCUGCUAGUCAUCUUUAUCCUGGGUGUCAUGGUGGCCAGGCGCAAGCGUGAACACAGCACCCUGUGGUUCCCUGAGGGCUUUGCACUACACAAGGACAUAGCAGCUGGCCACAAGGGCCGGAGAGAGCCCGUGGGACAAGAUGCAUUGGGCAUGAAGAACAUGGCCAAAAGCGAGAGUCUGAUGGGGGAGAUGGCCACUGACUGGAUGGAUUCAGAGUGCCCAGAGGCCAAGAGACUGAAGGUAUUACCUGCUUCUCUCUUUCCCUGGGGGCCCCAGGUCGAGACACCCUGGUCAGCUGGAGAGCCUGGGGAAGUCUUCGUUCUCCCCAUUGCCCAGAUCCAGACGAUUGCUACAUCUGUGUGACCUCACUUUCUUCUU